GAGAGAGAGAGAGAGAGAGAGAGAGAGAGGAGAGACAGAGAGGAGAGAGAGGAGUGAGUGUAGUGAGUGACCGCAGACAGUAGGAGAGGACGUGAAGACCAGCCACAGCCCGCAGCAGAUGAACCCUCACCGUAAAGCAGGAGUCUCCCUUUGGUAGGCCUGUACAGCGCUUCAAGAAAAGACUAAGGAAUCAGAAGGUGACCCUGUCAGCCAUCAUGGUCCUGCUGCUGCUGUGUGUAACCGUGAUGCACCUGGUCACUCUGGCCCUGCUCCUCAUCGCCACCCUGGAGAAGUCCUGGUGGGUUUGGAGCGAUUCGGAAGUCACAGACCUGUGGUAUAAAUGUUUUCAUGAUAACACAACUGAUGAGUGGUUGUGCGCAACUAAUGAAAUUGACUGGCUGCACUCUAUCCAGGCCCUGAUGGUGCUUUCAGUGGUUCUCUCCUCAAUAUCCUUCCUGGUGUUUGUGGGUCAGCUGUUUACUUUGUCCACUGGGGGGCUCUUCUACCUCACAGGCCUCUGCCAAACCUUCUCAGGUUUCGCCGCCUUCGCUGCCUGCCUUAUCUUCACUUUCCGGCGGAAGGAGAUCCUGGACGACGUCAGAGAUCUGAGCACGGGCCACUUCGGCUACUGCUUCAUCAUGGCCUGGGUGUGCGUGCCGCUGCUUCUCCUCAGCGGGGUCCUGUACGUUCACCUGCGUAAGAAGCAGUAGGACGCACACACACACACACACACGCACGCACACACACCCCUCCCUCAGAACCUCCCCCCCCCCAGAGGAAAGUCUUUCAGAGAGAGUGAUGUGAUGCUCCUCUGUUUCAAUGAAUGUUUCAUUCAGAGACAAUUAGGAUACUCUGUUUCUCUUUGGUCAUGGAGAUUCACCGCAUGAAGAUGUUCUCUGUGUUUGUAUUAUGAUAUACACAAAUGCUGACUUUUGGUGGUGUUGUGCACCUGCCUAUUUUUUCAAAUUAAAUUCUACAAAAAAUAUCAAAUA